AUGGAUCAAAGCUCACUAGAAGCUGCUGCUAAAUCUGGAAACAUCGAUCUACUAUACGAACUAAUCCAUAAAGAUCCAUACGUUCUCGUUAAAAUCGACAACGUGCCCUUCGUUGAUACUCCUCUUCAUGUCGCAGCCGUCGCCGGGAAAACAGAGUUCGCCAUGGAAAUGAUGAACUUGAAACCCUCUUUUGCUCGGAAGCUUAACGCUGACGGACUUACGCCGUUACACCUCGCCGUCGAUCACGGUAACUUCUGGCUAGUACUUGAAGUAGUUAAGAUUGAUCCAAGCCUUGUUCGUCUUAAAGGGAGACAAGGUAUGACGCCAUUGCUAUUUGCAGUAAGUAGAAAGAAGAUCGAUCUGAUAUCAGAAUUCUUCUUGGUUUGCCCGGAAAGCAUCGUGGACGCAAACGUGGACGGAGAGAACGCUCUUCACAUCGCUGUGAAGAACAACGACCAAAGAGAAGGAUUAAUAGUCCUUAAAGUUCUCAUGGGAUGGAUCCUAAGAUUGUGUCAAAAAGAUGCAGAGUGGAUAGAGACAAGAGUCAUAAACCGAAGAGACAAAGAUGGUAACACGCCUUUACAUCUCGCAGCGUUCGAAAAUAAUCGCCAAGCUACGAAAUUGUUGUUAAAGAGUUCGAAGAUUAACGUCAACAUCGAGAACAAGAACGGUUUAACGGUUCUCGACGUUGCCGUGUUACAAAGACAAGACAAUAACAGAGGAGAUAUAGAGAGAAUGGUUAAGAGUCAUGGCGGAGAACGUUCGCUUUCUCUUGUAAAGAUCAAGACAACAUCAGAUCUACUCGGCUCGCGGCUUACAUGGGCAGAAUCGAGGCGGACGAAGAUGAUUCGGUCUUAUUCUUGGAUCUCUGAAGAAAGAAGAAACGCCCUUUUAGUGGUCGCCACUCUUAUAAUCACAGCUACUUAUCAGACCGUUCUCCAGCCUCCCGGGGGAGUUUCUGACAGCGGUGAAAGCGGUGGUGCAAUCAGCGGUGAAAGCCAGGGGAAAGUGGGCUCGGCGGUUAUGGCAGAGGCAUACUUUAUCUUGUUAUGGCUAUGGAACAGUGUGGGUUUCUACUUAGCCAUGGGACUGACGCUGCGUUUGUUGAGUUUAGGGCAAGAGAGUAUGUUUUGGUAUUAUCCUCUGUUCGUUCCUUUGUUCGCGGCUUACUAUGUGGCAGGGGAAGUGAUAUCGCCAAACUCGAGAGCACUUACGAUAGGACAGGUCGGUUCGGUCGUGGUUCUGGCGAUUUGGUGGUUGGUAGUCAGGUUUUGGGAAUGGAUACAAUCUAAGCGAACCAAGAUGCGUGGACCAAAGAGUGGACUUGUGUGGGAAGGUUUCACUACGUUAGAUCAAGCUAGAGGUGUUGCGCCUAAACAAUAUGUGAUAAGGUGA